AUGAGACCUCAAUCUCUGCUUCUUCAAACCUUGGCCCUUGUGCUAUGCUGUAUCCGGCUGGCGUUUGCCGUUGAUUCCAGUCACCAACGGGUUGAACAGCUUGACAAGGUACCGGAUGGCUGGUCAAGAGGGGAUAGACCGUUGGCCUCUAAGCUUAUAAAAUUCCGAUUAGCGAUUACCCAGCAUAAUGCUGGAGAGUUCGAGCAAAAGGUCAUAGAGCUCUCAACCCCAGGUCACGCGAGCUAUGGCCAACACAUGAAAAGAGACGAAGUGAAGAAAUUCCUGAGCCCAUCUCCAGACGUUUCAGACAAGAUAAUUGAAUGGCUGCGGUCAGAAAAUGUUCCCCCAAGUUCUAUCAACUUAAAUAGCCAUUGGAUCUCGUUCACUGUUCCAAUUUCACAGGCCGAGCAGAUGUUGAAGACGCAGUUUUUCUACUUCUAUCAAGAGGCCCACCAAAGCGUCGCCAUUCGAACUCUUGGCUACUCUGUGCCUAGAGCCUUACAUCCCUACAUUCAAUUGAUUCAGCCUACAACUCGAUUCGGCAAUGUCGUUCCUCAAAAGAGCUCCACACUCGAACGGGAGCCAGCGACUGCUGGGCAACUAGCUGCUGGAUGUAAUACAACUAUCACGCCAGACUGCCUUCGGGAUCUGUAUGGAAUUGAUAACACGACCACCAGACCCGAUUGGCGAAAUCGACUGGGGAUAUCUGGUUUCCUGGAACAAUAUGCUCGCCACGCUGAUUUCGAUGAGUUUUUGCGUCAUUACGCCCAAAGCCAAACAGACACAAACUUCAGUGUAGUCUCGGUCAACGGCGGCCGGGAUGGUCAAGACUCUAUGUCCGAUAGUGUCGAAGCAAAUCUAGAUGUACAGUACUCCAUACCGCUGGCGGAUGAAGUGCUAGCAACAUUUUAUAGCACCGGGGGGCGAGGCCCUGUUGUCCCCGAAAUAAAUCACCCAGACCCCACCAUAUCAACAAACGAGCCAUAUCUUGAACAGCUCCAUUACUUCUUGGAUCUCCCAGAUGAAGACCUCCCUGCAGUGCUAUCUAACUCAUAUGGAGAAGAUGAGCAGAGUCUUCCAGCGUCCUAUUUAAACGCAACUUGCAGCCUAUUUGCCCAGCUCAGUGCCCGGGGCGUUUCAAUACUUUUCAGUAGCGGAGAUGAUGGCCCGGGACGUGCUUGUGUGAGAAAUGACGGGACGAAUCAAACAAGAUUUCUCCCUGUAUACCCAGCUUCUUGUCCAUUUGUUACCUCAGUGGGAGGAACAUACAACAUCAAUCCCGAAAGAGCGGUUUCCUUCUCUGGAGGCGGGUUUUCUGAGGUGUUCCCUCGUCCCCAGUACCAGCAACAGGCAGUGAAUGACUACCUUCGCCAUCUUGGAAAUCGAUGGAAUGGACUAUACAAUGGCACGGGAAGAGGAUAUCCCGAUGUAUCAGCUCAAGCCGCGAAUUUCAUUGUUCGAGACCAAGGCGAGUGGAUCUCAGUCCACGGUACAAGUGCUUCAGCACCAGUGGUUGCAGGUAUUGUUUCUCGGCUCAAUUCUGCCCGUAUUGCCCAGGGUAAGCCCCGAAUGGGCUUCCUGAACCCAUGGCUUUAUAGCCACGGGCGUGAAGGAUUCACGGAUAUUGUUCUCGGCGGUUCUUCGGGCUGUAGCUGGGCUGCUGUCAAUGCUACUCUUCGGAUACAGAAUGCAAGUUGGGAUGCGACCGAAGGGUGGGAUCCGGUGACAGGGCUAGGCACACCCUUGUUCCGUACACUUGUGACAUUGGCAUUAUCAGAUGAUGUGUAG